UCUACACGAGAGUCAUACAUUGUCCCAGAGCGUGGCGAGAUCUAAUUGGCUCUGCCUUUGAUUGGCUGUCACAGUUUUCAAAUCAGACAAAGCCACACAAGUAACACGAGGCUGACGCGGAAAUCAAAAUCUACUAGUGUUUAUUCUUCUUUUUUUUUUUUUUUUUUUUUUGAAACCGGGAUGCUGCAAAUUUGUAUGAGUGUCUCUUAACCAUACCGUUUUUAACAUCUGGGGUUCUUCUGUCUGGCUUUAUGCAGUGAGAAGAAUCAAAUAAGCCAAUAUACUAUUUGUUAUUGUCACCUGUACACGAAUCACUCCUUGUAAAAAAUGCAGUUUGUAAAUAUAGUAAUGGUAUUGGCACUUGGUAUAAUUUUGCACAGUCCCUUUUUAAUCGCUGGCGACUCAAAAACACCCUGUGCAACGUGCCGGACAAUAGUUGACAACUUUGAUAAGGGUUUAGAAAAAACAGCUAAAAAGAAUUUUGGGGGAGGAAACACUGCCUGGGAGGAGAGAGCAUUAUCAAAAUAUGAAACUAGUGAGACUCGUCUAGUGGAGAUCCUGGAAACCCUCUGUGACAGCAGCAGCUUUGAAUGUAACCACAUGGUGGAAGAACAUGAAGAGCAAUUUGAAAACUGGUGGUUCAAAAAGAAGGAUAAAUACCCAGACCUUUUUAAAUGGUUCUGCAUAGACAAUAUUGAAGUGUGUUGUCCUCCGGGAACCUUUGGUCCUGACUGCAAUGCUUGUGUUGGAGGGUCUGAGAGACCAUGUCAUGACAAUGGCGUCUGUGAUGGUGACGGCACUAGAAGAGGGGAUGGGAAAUGCCGGUGUAAUAAAGGAUACAAAGGAGAUUUCUGUUUAGAAUGUGGUGAUGGAUAUUUUAAUAAAGAAAGAAAUGACACAUUCUCUCUGUGUACAGAAUGUCAUGAGUCUUGCCAAACCUGCUCUGGCCCAACUAACAAGGACUGCAAUGAAUGCAAAAGUGGCUGGGUGCAGGGUGAUGAAAAAUCAUGCAAUGACAUAGAUGAAUGUGCAAAUGAGACAUCUCCUUGUAAAGAGAACCAGUAUUGCCACAAUAAAGAAGGAUCCUACUCCUGCAAAGCCUGUGAUGCUGCGUGUACAAGUUGUACUGGGGAGGGUCCUGAAAAAUGCACAGGCUGUUCAUCUGGAUACACUGAGGAAGAUGGAAAGUGUACAGAUGUAAAUGAAUGCAGCCUGUUUGAUAAAUCAUGCAUGCGUGAAAAUGAGGACUGUGUUAACACCAAAGGCAGCUUCAAAUGUGUUUGCUCUCAAGGCUUUGAAGACAAAGAUGGAGUCUGUAUAAAAACUGAAGAAACAGAGGAAAAUGUGAAAGAUGAGUAUUCUUCAGAAGCUCCAUCACCUGACAAUGUGCAUGAGGACCUAUAACGUUUUAAACCUUUGCUGCUCUAUAACCACUUCAUUUAAAUUAUUUGAAUUGUACCAUCAACUUGACUGCAGUAUCUGGAAAAAUGUUUAUAACUGAAAUAUCUGGGGAAACAAAAUGCUUACAUUGAGAUUAACAGAAUUAAAUGUGGCCAACCAUACCCCUUUUUAAUUGAUUUACGUUGUUUUUUUGUGUGUUCCAAAUGCACUUAUUUUUGUAAAAGGGAUGUCUUUUGGAGAAAAAAUAAAUAAAAUCUUAAAUGUGUUUUUUUUUUUU